CAGUGCAGUGAAACCCGGGAUUUAUUUGUGACAAUGUAGCGUUUAAACUCAAUGUCACGGUACAGAUGGAGCAGAGAUACACGUAUGACAAACCACAUACAGGAAGAUAUCACUUCAUGUCCUGUGGUCGCGUGUGUCACUCCAGGGAUGUGAGAUGUUGUUGGGAAACACUUAAUACUAGAUCAUGACAUUGGUUGGCAAUAUGACCAGCAUUCGACCAUUAAGACGAUCAAAGACCAUUGCUGUGUCCGACUUCCAAUCGGCCAGACGGUCUGACGAUCAAGAAAAUAAAGAAAAUUCUCCAACAGAAGAAAUGAAAACAAGAACACCAGGACCGUCUUGUCAGGCUCUACGGCAUGCUGUUUCAUCACUCACCCGAUUAGAUGAUUUUAAUCUGAAGAAAAUUGGCUGUGGAUUUUUCGCAGAAGUUUUCAAGGUAACACACAAGAUGACUGGGCAGGUGAUGGUGCUGAAGAUGAAUAGUAACUACUGUAACAGGAUGUCUAUGUUGCGAGAAGUUCAGUUGAUGAAUAGACUGGCUCAUCCUAACAUCCUCAGGUUCCUUGGAGUGUGUGUACAUGAGGGACAACUACAUGCUUUGACAGAGUUUAUGGAUCGAGGGGGCUUAAAUGAGGUACUAGCAGACAAAAGCCUGGAGCUUCCUUGGACUAUGAAGAUCAAGUUGGCGUUGGACAUUGCCAGUGGGAUGAAGUAUCUGCAUUCUAGAGGCGUUUUUCACCGUGACCUCACAUCCAGGAAUGUGUUGGUGUGUGGCAAUGAUGAGAACCUGAGUGCUGUGGUGGCUGAUUUUGGCUUGGCAGCCAAAAUUCCAGAUCCAUUAGACAAGGAUAAUUGCCUGCCAAUUGUGGGAUCUCCCUACUGGAUUGCCCCAGAGGUGUUGCAUAACAAAUGGUACAAUGAAAAGGCCGACUUUUUUUCCUAUGGAAUCAUCAUGUGUGAAAUUAUAGCAAGGAUCGAUGCUGACCCAGAAAUACUUCCUCGAACACGGAACUUUGGCCUGGAUUAUGUGGCGUUCAGUGGACUGAUCGACUACUGUCCCUUGGACUUCCUACGCCUGACUUUCACCUGCUGCCAUAUGGAUCCUGUGAGAAGACCAACUUUUGCUGAAAUAGUUUUAUCUAUUGAGCAAAUCCUUAGAAACUUGGAGGAUGACUGCAUCAAGGAAAACAGGGAUGGAGUGUCUAAGAGACCAGGACACAAGCGAUCUUUAUCAGAAGAUAACAUCUUACAGUUGUCAGGGGAGGAAUUGAUAGAUCCGGGAGAUUUCUUAAACUCUCUCACACCCCAGGCGGUGCUUGGUGAGGCUAUGAGUAAGGAUGACCAGUUCUACUCACCUGCUCUCUCAAAUCCUUUUGUUGACUUUCAUCAGUUCCUUGAAAGGAAAAUUCUAGGAACUCCCAAAGGAAAGCAGUCUUUUGGCUUUGAAUUGCCAUCUCCAUCUAAUGCAUUCACCCCUCCAUGUAGUCCCUGUACACCUGAUCCCUACUCUGGUCGUCAUAGGAAUAAAUCGGGCCCACAGAGCCAGUCCCUGCCUUCCUCCCCAGUAUUGUUGAGGAAAGCCGCCGAAAGACUACACCAAGAAUCCAUUCAUGGCUCUGCUUCUCGUCGACAUUCAAUGGCUCCUUCUAGAUUCACGUUCAGCCAAAGAGGAAGGUCAAAAAGUACAGUAUUUCCUGAAGCUGUAGCUUAUAGACUACAGACUGAGUUGGCAGGAAGUUUGGAAAAAGGGCUCGCCUCGCAGUCUGAGUUUUGCGACGAUAAUGUAGAAACUAGUAAUGAUUUUACUGAAACUAACAAAUCUAGUGUUCAGCGACCCAAGAGAAAACUAUAUACAAGUCGACAGCUGAGUGUGGAUUCUCCAUUCUAUGUAAAUGGCACAGAGGAUACACUUGGAGGUAGUGGGGAUGCAUGUAAUGUCACAGUCAACAGUUGGAACAAUGGCCUGCUCGGAUCUAACCAUGAUUUACGAGAUUAUGUGUCUUCAAUCAGUUCUACUGAGUCAUUCAUGUCAUUUGAAGAUAAUUCAGUGACACCUAUUAGUCCUGUAUCGGAGAAAAGUUAUCAGGACCUGUUCUCGUCCAGAAAGAAAAAUAUGAAUAAGUGUUCGAGAUCCUCAAGUGAGGAAUCUUUAGAAAACAUACGAAGUGAAGGACGUGAACGACAUAAGAGAAUCAUGGAGACAAAACUGUAGUAGCAAACACAGUGUGGAUGUUCAUUAGAUUUGUCAACAAAACUGACUGGUGCAAAUGUAAAGAAACUAAUUAUAAUGAUGUUAUUUGUCCUCACUGGAGAGAAAACAUUAAGGGUUAUCGAGGUUUCACUAUAGGUUCUGUCUGAAGAUGAAUCUGAAGAUAAUAUUGUGUUUUAUCCUUUGCUUUAUUAACACUGUUGAUACAUAUUUAUGGCUAAUUGAUUCCAUUGAUAAUACAAGUAUUAUUUUGUUGUUCUGCUCUUAUGUCCCCUCCAUUUCAUGGUCAGGGGCAUAUAGUGUUGCCCUUGAGCAUCAUUCCGUCAUCAUUUCUGAAUAACAGAACUGUAAUUUGGUAUGUAGUUGUUUAAUGGUAAUUUGUACAUGAAGUCAAAUAUUCAAUUUAUUUUUUCUAGAGUUAUGACCAAUUUAACAAAACUUUAAUUAGAAUCUGUCCUAAAAUGGUACAACAAAAGUUGGAGAGCCUUGCCUAAACUCCAAUGGAUUUUUCUUUUUAAUCACAAAUUUAUUUACUUUUUGGUCAACAAAUAUCAGACUUGCUCUGAAAAGUCGUCGGUAUAGCCUCAUAGAAAAGUCCAGAACAUUUCAAAAGUUCGAAACUUCAUGGUUGCCAGCAGAGCAUCCAUGUUGCUCUGACAAAUCUAGUUGAUCACUUAAUCUAAAAUGUCCAUAAAUGAUGAUACUUCCCUGUUGUAAUAUCAUAUAUAUGUUCAGAUACCAGAAUAUUCUAACUGCCUUUUAUGUAAAUAAUUGUGGUAAGUUUGUGUAUUAAUGAGAGCUCGAGUGUUACAUAUUCUUUGACAAUGUUGAUUUUUAUGUAGCCAUUUAUAAUUGUGUGCAAUCUGUUAAUAUUCAGAUUCAAACACUGUCAUGUUCUAGUUUUUCUUUCAAAGAACUUUUGGCCUUUUUUAGAGUUAUUGAUACCUGCCUUAUUAUUUUAAAGGAAAAAAAUAAUUAUGUGUUCAAGAAUUCUGUCAAUAAUUUAUCUUCAAAAUAAGUAGAUUUAUCUUGAUAUUUGAUGAAUAAGGCUACAAGAUUUCUCGGUAUUAGAAAGUGGUAUUGGUGUUCAAUGUAUGGCAGCUGAAGGAUGUAGAUACUUCUGAUAUUAAAGUUGAUGAUAAAAAUUUAUGUGUGUUGGUAAUAAACAUAGUGUUUAUGUAAAUAUUAAAUUGUUUUCAAUAAGAGAAAUUUCAGGAUAAUUACUGCAUUGUGAAUGGUGCGAGUUCUGAGUAGCUGUAGAGUGUUUGGAAUGUUUUGUAUAUCUGUUACAUGGUAAGGUUGUGAUGGUUUUGUGAUUUUUUCUUUAUCGGUUCUCAAACCAAUUUGUUGUUGUUAUUACUUAAAGUCUUUUUCUUUUUGUUCAUGUAGGUGCCAUCAGUUUUUAUCACAAUCAUGUUCAAACCUUUGUGUUCUUUAUAUAGUUUUUAUUUAUAUAAUUGAUUUAUCACUGUAUUUAUAAAACAAACAUUAAAAUUGCAAGCAUUCAAUUAUAUAAGUAAGUAAACAAUGCAGAUGGCAUUUUCUCUCACAAUUCCUGUGAAAGACAGGACUCUGUUAUUCCACAUGGUGGAUUGUCUGUUUACGUUUUAAACAAUUUCUUCAUAACCAAGAGGCCCAGGAUACUGAUAUUGGGCAUGGUAGCAUGCUUUGAUGAAAAAACCACUAAGUUUAAAUAAAUGAAUGACUUGAACCCACUUUCAUGGUCACAGGGGUCAAGUGUAUUCAAAGGUACUGAUAUUUUUGGCCUGUAGCAUCCUGAGGUAAAGGCUGCCCAGUUUGAUCAAGUGGAUGACCUUGACUUAUUGUCAUGUCUUGUCAAAUGUCUUACGAACUCAAACUUCUUUUUAAUAGCCAAUAGGACAUGGGCCAUGGUAUUUAUGUUGUAACAUGAUUGGGAAAUGGGCUUUCAAUUCUUCAGUUUUUACUUACGUGACUAUGUAAGCUGUAGAACAGGUGGGCAAUUCAGGCCAAUUAGACCUCUUGUUAUUCAACACAUUACAGUGCAUACCUAGUAUGCAAAUUACCUUGUCAUCAGCUUUAGUAUCUGUCAAACUUUUCAGCAUUUGAUAACUAGACUUUAUAUAUAUUGCUGGAGGUGUUGAGAUAGACAAUCAAACUAGUAGGAAAAGCCAGAGGAAGGAAAACUUCACCGAUCCUCAUGUCCUAUGUAAGUUGUUGUGCAAGUAAUAUCAGAAAUUGGAUUGUUUUAUUAUAACAAAUAAAAAAGGGGUUAUAUGCUUGGAUUUUUUUAUAUGUUAAUACAUUGUAGAUCAAUUUUAGAUCAUCUGUAAAUUAACUGGGUGAAACUUACUGUAUAAAUGUGGCAAGUUGAUUUUGGCAUGGCAAUGGCAACAGUAUGGCUAAUUGUUUUUGUGACCAUGCGUCAAUGCUAUUGGAGGACUCGCUUUUUCAUAUUUCUGUCUCCAGAGUUAACCUUUUAAACCUAUAAUACAAUAAUAUUACUCUAACAGAACAAAGGAAAGCACCUUUCUUCCUGAGUGUUCUGACAAACCUGGUUUUCUAGGAUGAAAGUCCACAGCUCUACCCGCUGAGUCACAGCUUGCUGCAUCAGCUGUAUGAGAGAGAUUGUUUUCAACACUAUGUACAAGCCGCUGUGAUCUUCUCUUAUGUUUUUUGACGACUGUCAUUAUCUAUUAUAUUUUGUUCAUAAUGAUGUAAGGAAAAUAUCUAUCAUAUGAUAUAAAAAUAUGAUUUUUUUCAAAAACGGAUUUGUUUAACCUUGUUUUCAAACUUUUCAAUGUUCAAAUAUAAUUUUUCAAUUGAUUUUUCUUCAGAAUUUUUUUUGUGGAUGAAGAAGUAAGAUAAUUGGAUACGUUUAUCAAGUUUGUGUGAGGUAAAUAUCCUAAAUGGUGUAACAAGAAAAAUAUUAUCUUGCAAUGUUGAUUGUUAUAUUUGUAAAUAUAUGUUGUAUGUUUUCAAUUAAAAAGUCUCUAUGUAACAUACUUAUUAAUAUGAUUCUUUGUCUACAUUUGUUGAGAAAUUUAAAGCAAAAAAUUUAUUUAAAAAGCUUGAUUGUAAAUGUGUAUAAUAUAUUUCUGUCUGUGUUGUUGAUGCUUUUUCCCUGCUAAACAUUCCUCUGUAACUUCAGUAUUACACUAUAAUUCAUAUAGAAAGGCUCUCCGAGAGAUUUCCUGAAACUACUUAAUUAUUUAUAUCAUGGUUUGUUUUGUUACAUGUUUUUUCUGAUGAAGUAGGAUACAUAUCUUUAUACAUUGUACACUUCUUUUGUAUAUUAAACAACAAAAAAUGAAUCUGAUGAACAAAUGGUUGAGAAUAAGGUUAGCAGUUAUAUCUUAGUUAUUCAGUAACGUUUACAUCAACUGUUUCCUGCCUAUUUUUUCCUCGUUUGAAUGAUGAAUUUUUUUAUGUUCUUCAGUGGCAUUUUGUUUUUUUUAAAAAUAGAAAUAGUGAUUUAUAUUUUUUUGUUUACAAUGGUCCCUUAACUUCCUGUUUAUCAGUAUAUAUGAUAAGUAACCUUAUAAGGAAAUCAGUAUAUCAGUUGAAGUUUGACCACUCUCAUUUUAAGGCUGGUUAUGCUCUCUUAAACUUCUGACUUCUGCAAUGUACAUACAUUCUGUUUACUUCAAGGAAGAUUCUUGCUAAUUCCUUUCAAUGUCCAACUAUUUCUUGUAAAAAUCUUGACUUCUCACAACAUACUAUUAUCAAUUUCAGAUUUUUUUCUGUAAAAGUAUUCACUUCUCCUAAAAUGAUAUCUUGUCUAUUUACUGUUAAAUAUCUAACUGCCCAUAGUAGUUAAUGAUCACUCCUUGAAUCCUGUAGAAAUUUUAGGUCACUGGUUUAAAAUACUUUUUCUACCUCAUAACCUGUAUAUAAUUGUCCCAAUACAUCUGUACCUACUGGGUAAAAACUUAGUGUCAAAAUCUUUUUACUUUCGACAAUAACUUCUUGAUUUCUUUUGUAAAAGUCCAUGGGACUCUACCUCACAGCUAGUACAGAAUAUCACCUGUUACCUGCCAACACCGUGUGGUUUUUUUUUAGGUUUAUUCAGUAGACUUUCUUACUAUUUAGAUAGAAUUGGUUUAUUUUUUUUUUUAUUUCCUCCAAUUUUGAAGAAAGUCGAGAUAGAGACACAUCACAAAUAUAUUUACAUUGAAGUUGUCUUAUUUUCUAAUUCCACAUUAUAUAAUGAAUUUUAGGCUUAUUCUAACUAAUUCCAAAUUUGAAAAUUAAUCAGAUUAGUACAGUGUGUAUAUCAUUACCUCAAAUCAUAUAAGGGAAAUCCUAAACUUUAAUUCACUCAUGCAUUUUUUUGAUGAAAUCUAUGAGAUCUUUUAUUAUACAUCUCGCCUUUAUGAACUAGAUCUGUUCUAAUAAACCUACCCUACCCUUUGGAUGUAGGAUUAAAUCUACUGUACAGAAUGAUUUUUCAGUUAAUUUUUAAAAAACUGAAUUCAAAAGUUGCUUGUUGACCAUAUAUAGAGUUUGAACGUAGUACAAGGGCUUGUAGUUGGCCACUUGAUCUAUAACGAGUGCAAUAUGUAAGAAUUACCUCCCUUGAUGUGUCUUGUUAAUCUGAGUUAGGGUAUGUGUAGAGUUUUAAUUUUUGUUAUGUUGACUUAGAUCUUGAUAGCAGCAUCAGUCCUAGUGCUGACUUGUAAUGUAGGCAAUGUCAACACACUCUAGAUGUGGGAUUUGACUUCUCUUCUGUCUAUCUUGACUUUAACUACUUAGUAUUACAAUAAUACACACAGUAGCUUGUAACUCUCCCAUUGGACAGGGUUACAGUUGUCCAAUCACUAUUUGACUGGUAGUAUUGUUUGUUCAGUUUUUAUUUAAACACCUCUACCAGUUUUGAGUUCCCAAUAAAUAUUUUCUUUUUUUCCAAUCCUUUCCCAUAGCUGUACACACUUGUACACAUCACUGUUGAUAUUUCCUCACUAAUCUGUCACAUAUUUUAGAACUAAGUAACCACAAAACUAUAUCUGUACAUGGUGAUAGAAAGCAAGGACAUUACUAUGGCAUGGUCUUAUUUUGUGACCUCACAUUCUAAAUUAGUAAGUCUGGAGUUCAAAUACAUGGUAUUUGAUAGUUAAAGAAGUGGGUGUGCGGUCUUAUCAUAUCGGUAAAUGUUUUACAAGCAAAGCAACUUAUUCUUUUAUGCAAUGUACUUAGAUUUGUAUGUUUUUGGUAAGGUUUCAAAUGAAUUGAUAGUUGACUGUUAAAUAGCACUAUAAUAUUAACAAAUUAUACUAAUAUUUCUAGAAUGAAACUUGUACUUCAUAAUGGUCCCUUACCUCAUUUAUAUGUAUGGUUGUAGAUAUGCACACACUCAUGGCAACGAAACAGAGGGUACCUGUGAUAUACUGCACGGAAACCACAAUCUUUUUACUAAUACAAAUACUUUAAUUUUGUAGUAACAUUGAGACUUAAUGUUUCUCAUGUGAUCGCACAUUAUAAUGAUGGAUAGAUUUACAGAAUCUUUUUAGAAUUAAAAUCUUUCAUAACUGGAAUACCAAAAUUCAUAGACAGCUUGAAGAGAGAUUAAGAAAGAACGAAAUCAUGUUAUCAUGUUGUAAUCUAAAUAAGUGAUAUCUGAGAAGGUUAAGCUCUGUUGAUGUUAUUUUCUGUGUCACAGUAAUGCCAAAAGGGUCUCGUCAUCUGUGGCCAUGUUGUUUAAUGAAAUAUAUUUUUACGUGAGAAAAAAUUGAAUAUUGUUUGGAUGGAAGUUGCUGUAGCCUUUAUGUGUAGAUGAUUGUUAAAUGUUGUGUGGUUGUGUGAAUGGGCAGGUUAACCUGACAAAUUAAAAACACCAUUACAUAUAUAAUAUGAAAAUAGUUUAAUUAAACAGUAAAUGUUUCUUCACAA